UUUUCUUCAAAUUGCCAGUAACAACAAUUUUGUUAAAAAAACUAUAAUUGUGUUAUUUUCUUAGUAUUGCUAUGACGACACGUGCAGAAAUGUACACUAUUUGUGCAUUCAGUAUGUACAGCAUGCUUAGUAAGUUUAAGAGGCUGACAUUUUUAGACAGCAAAGGUGGAGGGGUGGCAGCGGCGCUCUUGGAUGCGGGUCAAAGAUUAAAUUUCAGCCCCGCAGCACUCCCUGGGGCGGGCGUAACCGAGAGGGUGCAGACGAAGCGACCCACACCCAGGGCUGCAGAUUAACGCCACAGCGGCCCUGAAGGAGCCACGCCGCCCUCUGCCUCCUCCUCACCGCUCACCAAAGGAGGGACGAUCAGGACGACUCUCCUGGAGAUGAAGGACCGCUACGGAGCCGCCGGCAGACAUGAGAAGGGCUGAGCUGGGCCGGGGCCUGGAGGCGGCGGGGGAGCGGGAGAGUCAUGUGGAGGUGUGAGUAGUUGGAGUUAGCGGCGGCAGAGACACAACCCUGAGCGAUGGAUAACCAAGGCCCAGACGCAGCAGGGGAAGGAGGGGAGGCCGAGGGGAAGCAGAAAGCUGAGGAGAUCAGUGACGAGCAGAAGCAGAGCAAAGACAAGUACAACAAGCUGGAGAAGGAGAGCGGAGAGAAGGAGGUGAGGAGCGAGGCCAGGAGGGAGAGCCGGCGGCCCUGCAGGAGCGGCUGGGCGCUGAGUGAACGUCUGGCCAUCAACGUGUCGGGGAUGCGUUACGAAACCCAGCUGCGUACCCUCGCCCAGUUCCCAGACUCCCUGCUGGGGGACCCCCGGCGCCGCCUCCGCUACUACGACCCGCUGCGCCACGAGCUGUUCCUGGACAGGAACCGGCUCUGCUUCGACGCCAUCCUCUACUUCUACCAGUCGGGCGGGAGGCUGAGGAGACCCGCCAACAUCCCCCUGGACAUGUUCCUGGAGGAGCUGCACUUCUACGAGCUGGGCGAGGACGUCAUCGACCGCUUCAAGGAGGACGAGGGCUUCCCCAAGGAGGAGGAGAGACCCCUGCCCCCCACCAAGUGGCAGCAGAGCAUCUGGAUGCUGUUCGAGUAUCCCGAGUCCUCGGGUGGAGCCCGGAUCAUCGCCAUCAUCAGCGUCAUGGUCAUCGUCCUCUCCAUCCUCAUCUUCUGCCUGGAGACGCUGCCCGAGUUCAGGAACGAGAAGGAGCGAAGGGAGCAAUACACGACCACACCUCAUCCCACCAUCCCCAACGUCACCAUCAUGGUCCCACCAAAGUUCUCCCCCUUCCAAGACCCGUUCUUCAUCGUGGAGACCAUCUGCAUCUGCUGGUUCUCCUUUGAACUGGUCAUGCGCUUCAUCAGCGCUCCGAACAAGAUCCACUUCUUCAAGGACAUCAUGAACAUCAUUGACUUCCUGGCCAUUAUGCCCUUCUUCGUCACAGUGGGCACAGAGCUGGCCAAGGACAAAGGCACGCCGCCCUCUGUCUCCCUGGCCCUCAUCAGAGUCAUCCGCCUGGUACGAGUCUUCAGGAUCUUCAAGCUGUCCCGUCACUCCAAAGGCCUGCAGAUCCUCGGCCAGACGCUGAAGGCCAGCUUGCGAGAGCUCGCCCUCCUCAUCUUCUUCCUCUUCAUCGGGGUCAUCCUCUUCUCCAGCGCCGUCUACUUUGCCGAGGUGGACAAGCCCGGCACGCUGUUCACCAGCAUCCCGGAGUCCUUCUGGUGGGCCGUGGUGUCCAUGACCACCGUGGGCUACGGGGACAUGUGUCCCGGGACGGUGGGGGGAAAGCUGGUGGGCUCCAUGUGCGCCAUCGCGGGGGUGCUGACCAUCUCUUUGCCCGUUCCCGUCAUCGUGUCCAACUUCAGCUACUUCUACCACCGCGGGAUGGAAUGUGAGGACAGCAGGGAGUACCACCACGUCUCCACGUCCCUCUGGGAAAAGGACCAAGGGGACGACGGAGAAGAGGACGGACUGGACCAGGACCCUGAGUGCUUGGAGGAAUACGCACUUCUGCAGGAACAGAACCGGGCCAUGAGCCCGCCUCUCAAUGGGAACCUCCCGGCCGGCCUUUGUGUAGAUCAGGCCUCAAGGGACCAGCAGGAGAACAGGUUCCCUCUCAGAGAACCGCUGGUCACCCAGGUGUGAUGAAAACAGUUUGAGACUUUAAGGAAAGACCAUGCUGCUGAUCUUCUUGUAGCUCAGGCGCUGUGUGGUUAUAUUAUGGCUAGAAGUGGACUGGGCUUCUGCUUUAAGAAAUAAAUAUUAAAUAUUUUCUGUUA